GUCCACUGGCCUCUGCCCCUCGCACAGGCCCUGUCCUGCCUUAUAACUCGCCCGAAUCGACGCCCUCUCAGAACCCCCUGUCCCUCAUGAUGUCACAGAUGUCCAAGUAUGCCAUGCCCAGCUCCACUCCACUCUACCACGAUGCCAUCAAAACCAUCGCUACCUCUGAUGAUGAGCUGAUUCCUGAGCGCUCCAUGGCGAUGAUUCCAUCAGCAAACAUGCCCGGACUGAGUGGGAGCCAGAAUCCACAGAUGCACCUGGUGUCACAGAGUGGGCCUGGAUCUGGAUCGGCAAACAGCCCCCUGGCAAUGAGCAUGGUGAGCCACCCACUCUCACACGAGCCUCCGACCCCCAUGAUGCCGUCCCCCAGCCUGAUGGGGCACAACGUCCCGAUGCACGAAGGGCACACUCCUGGACUGGGCGUGCAGAGCCCCAUGAUGGUGCACCCUCCCCAGGACUCCCUCAGCCAACCCUGCGGCCCCCUACCCACCACUGGCCCCCAGACGCUACCUCAGAACCCCAUGGUCCUCCAGCGCAUGCAGCACCAGUCCCACAAUGCCCUGCAGUCCCCGGGCUCCGGGAUGCAUCAGGUGUACCCCCCGAGCAUGGUGAUGCCUCAGGAUGAGGGUGUCCCGUCACACGGGGUCUCUGCUGGAUCAGGGCCCCCUCAGCAGCAGCCCCCUCCUCCCCACCUGAUGGUGAAGAAUGCACCAAGCCGGCCUGCAGGUGACAGCUACCAGCUCUCUGGAGUGGCCUCAGUCCUCAACGACCCAGAACUUCAGGAUGUGAUCCGACCCUCAGCCAGCGGUAUUCCCGAGUUCAACCUCUCGCGCAUCAUUCCCUCUGAGAGGCCGAGCAGCACACUGCAGUAUUUUCCCAAGGGGGACUCUCAAGCAUCGAAAGCUUCGUCUUCCAACCCUCACCUCAUGAACCUUCAGAGUAUGAUGUUGGAGCAAGCUCCUCCGAGCAGAGCCAGCCUCCCAGGACAGCAACAGCAGCAGCAGAGGGGCCUAAGCAUGCACAUUUUUCACCCGGGGCAGGUACCGGGGCCUAUAAUGGGAAGGACAGGCCUGGCAUCCCAGCACAGUGUGAUGGGGAACAGCCUGCAUCACGUUCUCAUGUCACCACAGCAACAGAACCUGGUGCUUCAGGCCAAGCAGAGGAGCCUGUCGAUGUCGGGGGAGAUGUAUGGACAAGUGGGGCACAUGCUGCCCCCACAGGUCGGUGUCCCUCCCCAAAGCCUCAUGUCCCCCCAGCAGCUGAGACAGAGGAGCAUGUCGUUAGAUACAUCCAUCAGCUUUGUCCCUGGACUGGGAAACACUGCCAACUUACCCUUCUAGCUUCUCCCCUUUUCGUACAAUUAGGACUUACGCAAGUUGAGAAGCCGCGGUGAUGAGUGUGGGGUGGGAGAGGGAAUUAAAGUAAUUUUAUUACAAAACAAAAUGAGGCCAGAAACAGAAAGAGUUUAUACCAAGACGGGGUAGGGUGGGGCGGGGAGAAGUCAAAAAAAUAUUUUUUAACAGAAUGAGCUCGGAGAAAGACUUCCAGACAUUUGUGUUUUCAAUUUAUUUUUAAUCUCAAUCUCUCUCUCUCUCUCUCUCUCUCGUUUGGUUUCCUCACCUGCUGUUGUGCAAAGGGAUUUUUAUUAUUGCUGUAUAUAUUCUGCCUUGGUCUGUGAUUUGUUUUUACAGUUCCUGUAACUCUGUUUUCGCUAGAAAACUGUGACAGGGAAAUUGCUGGAAGCAGACCCUCUUCCCAUACAGAAGAUCACUGUUUCAAAGUUCCCCAGCAGCAGGUUUCUGAGAUGGCACGGUUAGAGUCUGGUGGCUGGUCCCAUAGUGUCGUGGGCCUGUCAUUUUGUGGUUUAAUGAAGAAACUGUGCUCAUGGUGCUAUGGACCUGCAACACAAUGGGACUACUUUCAUAGUGAGGAUUGAGGGGAUGGAGGGGUGGGGGGGAAGUGGUUAUAGGGCUGUUUGGUAUUGAUCACAUACCUAACCCCUGUUUCACCCCCACCCUUUGUGGGGUUGGAAUGCAGCUAUACAGCCCAGUUGACUGUGGGCAUCAAGGGAGGGAGUUUGAGACUUUUAUCUUGGAGCCUGUGGACCUGUGAUUGUUAGGGAUUGACUCUGAGCUGAUAGCACGCUGUGUCAGCUCAGUGCCUGAGGGCAGUGUUUAUCAGGCCAUGAUCUUUCAUAUCAACGUUAGGAACUGGCCAGGAUUCCUGAGAAAUUUGGAGCUCUGAGAAUGGAAUUUUGGUUAUUUAUCUCCCAUCCCGAACACAGCAACCGCCUCACAGAGUGUAAAGCCUCCACUGUUGGGGAUUUGGAGUCGGCUCUAUAACAAUUUACACUGUUGAGACAUUAAGUUCAAGUUGUGAGUGUUUACACAACACAGAGCUGGGCCAUCAGCUCCAAUGAUCUGACCAGUGGCAGGUCUCCCUCCUCACUGCAGAACUGUUGUACCACCAAUACAUGAGGGUUAACUUGUGGUUAAUCUCCAGGCUCCCUCAGGUCACUGGGUAGUUAACCACUUUUAAUAAAAUGUUGUCGAUACAGGACCCCCCCCACCCUCACUUCAGUGAGAGUUGAGGAUGCCAAGUUUAUUAUUCAGUCUGAGGAGCAUUAGCACCUCCAUCUGCCCUCAAAGAGCUGGGUAGCUGUCACUCUGUGGUCCCAAAGAGCUGGGUAGCUGUCACUCUCUGGUCCCAAAGAGCUGGGUAGCUAUCACUCUCUGGUCCCAUACCAGUAGCUUCUCUGCCCCAGAGUGAAGCUGUUUUGCCUCCAGCUCAUAUCACUCUCCAUCGGCUGUGGAUGGAAGUGGGGUUUUAAAAAAAAAUAUGUAAAAUCACUCAUGCUCCUGAUCCCUCUGUUUCCAGAGAAAUGUUUGGUUAAAUCACAUUUCCACCCCCUUGGGUUUCAAUUAUAAACUAUUUUUUCCAAUCAAACGUGAGAGUUCUGUUUCCCUGAGUGCUGGUGGGAGCUGCCCUGGGGACUGUGGUUAUACGGUAGCCCUGCCCUCGUAUCUGGGUCAGGCUGCACUGAGCACUGGUCACUUGUCUAUUUGCACAGGGUAAUGAGGAAGGGGGCAGGCAGUUUGGCUGGUCAUCCACUGAUAUGACCUCUCACUGGGCAAAAUAAUGGGUUGUGAUUCCAUGACCCCUCAAAUUUAGCAAUAUCCUGGAGCACAACAGGAGAGAUAUUGAUUGAUUAAUAAUUGGGGCUGGAGGUGUGCUGGGUGAAGAGAUUAGCCCCUACCCCUGCUGUAUCUGAACCCUGCUCCUUAUCCCAGGCUGUGAAAACCUGCCCCCAGGGGGUGGUGCUGGUACUAUUUCAGGGGGUGCUGACAGGGAGCAGAAUGCAGUCUGACCCAUGCACUUGCCUGUGGGAUAGUUGGUUUUGAGAGGGGUGUUUCUCUUCAGGAGAGACUCACAUCAGGAACCUUCAGUCCCUGAAAACCUUGGCUCAGUGAGCUGGGGGUUUCGCCAUGGGUCCAGGAGUCUCAUGACAUGUGGCUCUAAAUGGUGGGGGUCCCUAGGAUCCUAAGGGGAAAAGGGUCUCUCUGACAGAUUUAACUGUCACAGCCCAUCCAUCAUUUGAAACAUUUUUUUUUGCACCUUUUGGUCCAGAAACUGGUUUUGUUUCUUUGUUUAUACAGUUCAGACAUUCAUAAAAUAAAUCCAAUUUUAAAAAAAACAAUUUGUAAGAAAACUAUUUUUGUUAAGAGGAAAAUGCUGUUGAUUUUUCUGACUCCUGGAACAAGCCACAGGAAUUAACACAUGGAAUUUCCCCACGGUCACAACAAGGAAUUUAGUGGGGCAAAGGUGAGAACACAAAACACUCUGGGGAGGAGGAGAAAUGGAGUUGGGAGAAACUGUCAUAGCUCUGGAAUACCCUCUCCGCUCCAUUUUCCUCCUUCAAGAAU